GAAAAAACAUUCAAUGAAAUCGAUAUAUUUUAACUGUCAUCCAAAAAUUUCUUGUAAUGAGGGAGCGAUAUGCAGUCGAAACAGAGAAGCAAGAUAAUGUGGAACCCACCCCGGAAGAUGAUAACAGCAAUUAUAUCGUUGAAAAAGUAGCGGUGUUCGUAUCAUGGAUUUUAGUGUUGAUUUUACUUCCAUUUUCGCUGUGUUGUUGUCUGACUAUAGCCUACGAAUUCCAUCGACUUGUGAUAUUUCGAUUGGGUCGUAUUAGGAGUUGCUUAGGACCAGGUUUAGUUUUUCUUCUUCCCUGCAUCGAUUCGUUUAAUACGGUGGACAUUCGCACCGAUGUGGUUAAUGUGGAUCCGCAGGAGAUGCUCACCAAGGAUUCGGUGUCGAUUACAGUGAACGCAGUGGUGUUCUACUGCAUCUACGAUCCCAUCAACUCGAUCAUCAAGGUGGACGAUGCCAGGGAUGCCACCGAAAGGAUCUCACAGGUCACCCUGCGAAACAUUGUUGGUUCGAAAGGACUCCACGAACUUCUGGCAUCCAGGCAGCAACUUUCCCUGGAAAUCCAGCAGGCAGUUGCAAAGAUCACAGAACGUUGGGGCGUGCGAGUGGAACGAGUGGACUUGAUGGAGAUAUCCUUGCCAAGUAGUCUGGAGCGAUCAUUGGCCAGCGAAGCGGAGGCGACAAGGGAGGCCAGGGCCAAGAUCAUUUUGGCAGAAGGAGAGGCUAAAGCCUCGAAGGCUUUAAAAGAAUGCUCAGAUGUUAUGUCGGAAAACCAAAUUACCCUACAACUAAGGCAUCUGCAGAUUCUCUGUUCCAUGGCAUCGGAACGUCGGGUUAAUGUACUUUUCCCCAUACCCUUGGAAAUUAUGGCACCUUUUAUGGAUGGAAAGGAUUCGUCGGAUGCAGCACAAGAUGAUGAUGACCGGAGGGAUAGCGAUGACGAUUACGAUUAUUUACAUUUAUUUUCACCAAAAGUUUACAUCUCGGGUACACCACCUGAUUUCUUUAAUGAUGCCCAAACAGAUAGCACAACUGAAAAACCCGAAGUUGGAAAAACCACUGAGAGUGUGGAAGAAAACAAACCGGCGCGUUCGUGGCUAUGGCCACCAUUUUUCAGACCCUCGCGAUCUGCCCAGGAUGGUGAACAACCAACUAGCAGUCGAAGAGUUCGCCCGCAAAGUGGUCAGCCGUCGCCUAGAUCCAAUCGAACCGAUGAUGCAAUCGAACCCUAUCCACUUCUGACCAAGCCCCCAGCACGUUCGAGUUCUCCUACUAAGCCUUCAUCCAUUCCCAUUCCUCCGCGUCCUGAUCAUCCCUCACUGCCCCCGGUGCCGCCUCACCCGACACUUCCUCCAAUUCCUCCACACCCAACUCUACCACCCAUUCCGGAACGGCCCAUACCGCCUCCAAAGUCCACAUCGACUCCGCCAGAAAAGGAUCCAAAAGUAUCAAAGGCCGACAAAAAUUAUUACUUUUAAGAUAUCGAUUUAACAAUUUAACUUUUGUAUGAAAAUGACUAAAAUAUCUUUCGAGCAAAGAAUCUUUAGCGGGGCUUAUCAAAAAAUUUCACAUAAAUAACGCGUCAUGAAUUUAAUUUCAUUGUGAGCCCUAUCAAUUUAAAAUUUCCUUAAUACAUCAAAUACAAUGUCAGUCCUUAAUCAAGUUUGCGGUGGAGCUGAGCCGAAAUGGAAGGCAGAAGAGAUCAUAUCCAAGCUACCGGAACAUAAACUGAUCACCUCCCAGGAAUGCAUGCAACUGAAGCGUGAGCUGGAAGCCGAGAGGCCAGAUGAGUUUGAGGUUAGUCCGAUGAUCCUGUGCCUUAUGCUGACCUUGUUGCUUUUCCUGAUCGGCUUCUGGAUUUGGUUAAUAUCGCGUAGCUGCCUCUUUUCGCAAAGCGAGCCGGUUGCGUUUAAGAGCAGGGAAGUACGUCGCUUUCCAGGAGGUUCAACUCCAAAAUGCAAAAGCCAAAAAGUUAGUUACUUUGAUGAACUGGCUGACUGGGAUGGUAAUCCAUUGAAGUACACCGGUUCCAAUCAAGGUAUUCCUAAGGCGAACUUCUGUCAUUUAAUGAGUUUAAGGGGAAAGUCGGCUGUUUCCAUAUCUCCAGUCUUAGAAACGGAGGGCGAAUCAACACAAAGAGCCACCGAAUCUGUACCAAAAACUGAUAGCAAGGAAACGAUUCUAUCUACCAGUCAGGCUUUGGCAGGAUCACCCUUCUGUAGUCCAAAAAGGAAAUACAGAAUCAAGUGGUCCAACUUGAUUAGGCGCAAUCGAAAAAAACAAUCAGAAACUGAAAGCCCACAAUGAUUAGUUGUUGGAAAUUAAUUAAAUUACUAAUUUAAUUUACAGAAAUUCCUUCUCUUUUCGAGUGAAAUAAAGCAAGCUAGGGAAAAAUGAAAUGUAAAGAUUAAAAUAUAUGUACUUUCCCAAUAUAUAUUCACCUGAGUAAUAAGAAUGAAUCCGGCGUGCAGACUGAACCUGGAGAGCAAGGAAUGCCAGGAGUGGAUGAACGAGGUGUGUGCCCACUGCGCCCACCUGCUGCCCGGCGUGGAGGAGGCGGAGCUCUGGGACAAAUGGUGGUCGGACGAGCUGCCCGCUCCGUUCAAGUCGCGAGUUAAUCUUAUGUCCGCCUACGAUUGCCACAAGCUGCGCAAAGAGGUUGCCCGCCAGGUGACGAAUAGCCGAGAUCAGGAGUGGCACGAGGACGAAGGCAAUCCGGUCACCUGGACGCUCUGCCAACUGAUCCUAUUGAUCAUAGUGAUGGUUUCCUCGAUAAUCGCCAUGGUGUGUGCCCUGAAAGUGAUCUGCGAAAGCCAACGUCGCUGGUCGGGCCGCACGAAAUGUGCUCCCCCAAUAAAGGUGAAACAGGAAGAGAAGCCACCGCCACCUCCAGCCGAUGUGGAGACGCCGCCCCAAAAGGACUCCUGCAAGCCAGCCAAGCAGCCCAAGGCCUUCAUCUCCUUUGGCCGGACCACCGACCCACGCACACGUUUCGGUCCGUACAAGCACCAGAAGCUACUCCAGACCGCCUCCAUGCUGCCGGAAUGCCAGCCGGCGGAGUCGUAGCUCCCGCCAACUCGUGACCAUCGCCAUCACCCGGAGCGGUGGAGCAGCACGUCGAAUGGCAAUUGGCGAAAAACAAAUCGGCCACAAAAUAACCGGCUAGGGGGAGCACUGGCCAAAAAAAUCGAAAACAAAUUCGAAGGCUGCCGGAGCUGUGCUCAAUCGCGGAUAAGAUUUAUGAAAUGUGUUCCGCCCCGAUUUGUUCACUUUUUCCCGGUUCGCCUCUAGUCCUUUUCGGUUUCCUUUUUUAUGUUGCCGCGCUGCACGAAACACAAAAACAAAUAAAUAUUCAGACGUUCGCACAGUGGCCCUAAACAUGGUAUAAAAGUUUAUAAAUAUUUUAAUAUGAUUCCAUAUUAAAUUAUUAUUUUAAGAUGUCU